CAACACUUAAAAUUAAGCGAUACUGGACAAACCUUAAGUCUUAGCGAUUUGUAAUCCAAAUGUCUGAAAUUGCAACGCAUCGAACGCCAAUUAGCAUUUUACAAGAGGUGUGCGUAAAGAAAGGAAUAACUCCGAUAUACGAACUUGUGUCAAGUGAAGGACCGAUCCAUGAGCCACUUUAUGUAUUUUUGUGCACAGCCGGUCCAUUCAGUGCUACCUCUAAAGGAGCGAGUAAGAAGAGAGCCAAACAUCAAGCAUCAUAUUUAAUUUUGCUGAAGAUGCUGAACAGUAGGCUUUUGACGGAGUCGGAAAAAUAUACUCUGCGGGAUAUACAUAUUGCCGCGGUCAACGUUCUAGGAUCUGACUUUAUGGAUUCACUUGAUGAUAUAGAACUGGAUGGUCUACCAAAUAAAAUAAAACAGGAAGAGGAAGGUAACUUUGUUGGACGGCUACAAGAUUUGUGUCAGAAAAAUACCUGGCCACCGCCAUCCUAUGAAUUCCUAACCAUACCGCAGUCUACCCCAUCGGGCAAUGAAUACAGUUGCAAAGUCAGGUUGUGGAAAUGGACUCAUACAGGAUUUGGAAAUUCCAAAAAAUCUGCAAAGCGACGCGCAGCCCUCGGACUUUUAGAUAAUAUUAUCAAAAAUAAUCUGACCAUACCUCAAGAGGCUUUGGAUGAUAUGGAAGAAGAAACCCUUUCUUUACUUGACAAACAAGACCAGUCUGAUCUGAAAGAAAAUAAAUUAGAAAACGAGGCGACUGCUCAUAUUUCUUCCAAAGCUCUUCGUGGUUUAUGGAAUAGAAAAGGUGGUAAAAUACGAGUUCCACCCAUAGAUAAACCCGAUAAGAUGGAUAACGCAUGUGAAUAUCUUCAGGAGAUUUGUGAUUGUGCAAAAAUUACUGUUGUAUAUACAUACGUUCCUGCAAACAGCCAGGAAUUGUUUGUAUCUAAUCAAACUUCAGUAAGUUUCGUUACAGAAUGGUCUUCACUGUCUUGACAAAUUGUGUAGUGACGAUCCAUGAAUCAAGAUAUGGGUCGUCGUUUCAAGCGAAGGGUGAUGAUGAUAGCCAAUCUUUGCGGCCGGGAUGAUCUGCUGCUUUGCAGAACUUUCCACUCUACCACCACAUGUAAUCAAAAGUCAAUUGUCACCAAACCUGGCAAGUGCACGUAAAGAUGCUGCUCGCAGAUGUAUACUAUUUCUAAAGGCUAUGUCAUCUACAACACCUUGUCUUAAAUACAGUGAAUGGUUUUCUGCUCCCCCUGAUGAUUUGGAAUAGAUUUAAGUAAUUAAUUCUAUAUAUAUGUACAUACAUUU